GGCUGCGUCCUUGGCUAAUCGGCUACGCUUCGGUCAUCAUUCCUCCGCCCGAACGCCACUAACGUCUCCGUCAAUCAAUGGCCGCCGCCUCGGCCUCAACCGCGCCGCCGCCGGGCGAGACGCCUGCCCCGGCCUCGUUCGCCCCCGGUCCGCCGCCACCGCCGCGUCCGGACCCGCUCCCGCCCGCGGCGCGCCCCCGCCCGCGCUGCCGCGUCCGCGAGGUGAGCUCGCGCUACCUCUCCGCGCCGCUCCCCGCCCAGGCCCGUCGCCUCUCCACCUCGUCAACCCACUCCGCGUCCGUGCCGCCGCCCGCGCGCGGCGCGCAGCACCACCACCGCGACGCACACGCACCCGCCCCCGCCCCCUUCGUCUUCGGCCUCUUCGACGAGAACCGCCUGCCGCCCACGCCGGGCUCGCGCAAGCGCGGCGCGGCCCCGGGCCUGUUUGACGCAAUGCACCGCCCGCGCCCGGGCCCGGAGGGCCUGAACCCGCCCGCUCGUCUCGCGGCUGGUGCCUCCCGCGCCACCGCCACUCCCAGCCCGAGGAGGAUCCUCCGCCCGUCCAAAACCUCUGCUAACGUGGCCGCGGCGACGCUCCAGGACCGCAGGGGCUGCACGCGGCCGUCGACUCCAGCGCGCGCCAGCUUCAGCUUCUGCGGCGCCUCGCCUGAGCCCUCGCACGUACCGGCGGUGGCCAUCGACUUCUGCGCACCAGCGUCCUGCCCUCGCCGCGCCCCGUGCUCUGAGGUUGGGUCAUCACUGCAAAUGACAGAGGGGUCCCGGCGGCCACAAAACCCAUUCUGCUUCGGCGCACUCGAUGCGGCGCUGUCAGAAUGCAAACCAACACUUCCAAAAGCUCCGGUGAAGCCGCCGCAGCCACCACCUGCACGUAAGGCAGUGGUCAAGAAGGGCGCAGUGAUCGGAGGCAACAAGGGUGUGGGGAAGCAGGAGGAUGUGCACCAACUGCGGAUUCUGGAAAAUAGCUGCAUGCAGUACAGGUUCUUGAAUGCCCGAGCGGAGGCGGUGGCGAUGGCCAAGAAUGCAGCAGCUGAGACAUCACUCUAUGGGCUCUCGGUGAGGAUGGCUGGUCUGCAGGAAUCUGUUGCAGAAAAGAAGGCGGAAUUGGAGUUCCUCAAGAUGGUGGAGAGGGUGCAUUCUGUUGUUGGUGCUCAGGUGCCUAUCUUGGAACAGUGGAGUGAACUUGAGACAGAACAUUAUAGUUGCCUUGGAAGAGGAACAGCAGCCCUCUGUGCUGCUUCAUCAUGUGUACCCACCAUAGGGAACAUUAGGACCAGUAUUGGAGGAAUCAAUGAAACUCUUCAAUCUGCAACAAAAAUUUUGGAAGAACUGCCUCAUUCUGUUGAAAAACUGUCUGGAAAGGCUCAAGAAGUUGAGGAUGUGGCCUGCCUUGCAGAAGUGGUGGGAAGCGAACAAAUGUUGCUCGAAGAGUGUGCUGACCUCUUACAUCAAGCACUCAAUAUCCAGGUGACGGAAGACAGCCUGAGGAUCCAACUCUUACACCUGAGAAGUCAAGCCAAAGAAAAACAUGAAGGCCAUAAGCCGAUAAUCUUGUAGGUUGGUUAGUGGAGCAAAUUUUGGCCGCUGAUUUUUUAUUUUGAAAGAUAAUUUUGACCGCUGUUAAUGUCGAACAGCUAUACCAGAUUGUGUUAGCAGACUAUAUGUUGUUAACACAAUCCUGUAUAGCUGUUCUGGGCAAUCUUAGUACAUAACGAACAAAAUUGUUCGUUGAUUGUAGUUAUAUAGCCAAGUUUAGAUGAUAUAUCGUCCGAUCAAGAAAUACGGAUUCGAUUGUAGUACAGCUUUUGUCCUAGCAACAUAUAUAGUCUGCUAUAUAUAGAAGUAGAAGUAUAAAGAGCUCAGAGAUGUUUGUGUUAGAAUCCAAAACAUCCUCUCACGCCGCACUCUUUGAAGCGUAUGUAUGAAUCAUUUGUAAAGAUCUUCAAGUACAAAAUUGGACAGCACAUGGAUGCUCGAGCA